AUGACCUGCAAAUGUCAAUUUCUUUCCCCGACAAUCGUCAUUACUAGCCGUGGCCGUGAUUCUACUGAUUGCGAAUAACAACAACAAACUUUUUUGCGAUAAAUCAAAAAGGUCGAGUGCGGAGCAGAUUUAGAAUCAGACGAUGCUGGUCAAUCUCAGAUAGUAAAUAACGGUCGGCGGUAUCGGGCACAGUGCGAGAAGCGCUCAAUUUGCUAAGUUAAUCGUUCUUUUCGUGUGAUGUGUCUUUGUUCCGUGUAGACUCGAAUUUAUAUUUAGUUUUUGUCAGAGGAGCUAAUAGUGGCCUGUUCGGGAAAUGAAGAUUCGAUUAGUGAUUUGUGUUGUUAGUGCGAUUUCACUGGCUUCCUUUGUGGCAGCCAGGAGUAUUCCGGAGAAGCUGUCGCCAGUGAUAUUCGUGCCGGGCGAUGGAGGCAGUCAAGUGGAAGCUAAGCUCAACAAACCAAAUGUUGUUCACUAUAUUUGUCAGAAGCAAUCUGAUUGGUUCAAUAUAUGGCUCAAUAUGGAACUCUUAGUACCAGUCGUCAUAGACUGUUUUAUUGACAACAUGCGACUGAUCUACGAUAAUGUAACACGAAAAUCAUACAAUCCUCCGGGUGUUGAAGUUCGCAUGCCUGGUUGGGGCAAUCCAGAAGUUGUUGAGUGGAUCGAUCCAAGCCAUAGUUCAACUGGAAAAUAUUUUCAGGAUAUCUCUCAAGCUCUUAUCCCGCUCGGAUACGAACGGAUGAAAUCAAUUAGAGGUGCCCCCUAUGAUUUCCGAAAAGCCCCAAAUGAAAACAAACAAUGGUUUUCCGAUAUGAAAGACUUGAUCGAGGACACCUAUACGCUGAACAAUGAUACUGCAGUGACAAUAAUCUCACACAGUAUGGGCAGUCCCAUGACAAUGGUUUUGCUCCAGCAGCUUCCCGACGAAUGGAAGAAUAAAUAUAUUCGAAGAGUAAUCAGCUUAGCAGGAGCUUGGGCUGGAAGCAUAAAAGCUGUAAAAGUGUUUGCAAUGGGAGACGAUUUGGGUUCAUUUGCAUUAAGCGGAAAAACAUUGCGUCCACUACAAAUAUCAUAUCCCUCAAUGAGCUGGUUACUCCCGUCUCCACUGUUUUGGAAGCCAAACGAAGUUCUUGUCGAAACGCCUGACCGCCAAUACACAAUGGCUCAAUUGAAAGAAUUCCUUGCUGAUCUAGACUAUACGACCGGCUGGGAAAUGCGCAAAGACACCAUAACUUACUCUCUGAAUUUCAGCCCGCUCAAUGUUGAAGUACAUUGUCUGUAUGGAACUGGACUUGAUACAGUUGAAAAAUUGCGAUAUAAGAAAAGCGUAAGCGUUUCGGAGAAACCCACCUUAGUUAUGGGUGAUGGCGAUGGAACCGUCAAUUCACGAUCCCUCCAAUCUUGUAAAUACUGGGAGCAGUUCCAAACUCAAAAGAUUUACUCUAAAGGUUUCGAUAAGGCUGAACAUAUGGGGAUCUUAACGAAUGCGGAUGUGAUUAAAUAUAUUGUGGAUGUACUAUCAAUCGAGACAUAGUUUUAAAACUCGUUUUAAUUGCCUGAAAGAAACUGCUCCCAUGUCGCUUUGAAUGCUGUGGAUUUUAUUAGGUGUAAGCUCGAAAGUCUGAAUGUUAUCAUACCCAAAGUUAUAGUGAAAAAAAAAAUAAAAUAAA